CUUAAUGAAUUUCUGCCAUUCCUGACCUCUCCUCAGCGGCCAGAACACACUUUUUUCCCCUCUUUCCAAUCUGCAAGAAGCCUUAAAAUAAUAGCAUUACUGUACUUCCCCAAAGCCGCUCGGGGAAACUCCGUCCCCGAGUGCCACAGGCAGCUCCACCUCAACCUCCGUGCCACAGAGGGGGAGAUGGCCCAGAAGAAAACUGGUGGCUGUGCUGGGAGCUGGGCAGGAGCCGCGGGGCUCCCGAGAUAAACCCGACCCCGCUGCGAGCGGGGCUGCGGGCGCACGCAGGAACCGGGGCGCAGCUGCAGCGCUUCCUGUUGCAGAGACAGCAGGAGAGCGCAGGAUGGGCUGCUUGGCACCAGGAGGGCAGCUGGGGCGUGCUCCUGCCCGCUAGCACCCGGCUCGGCACGGCACCCAGGGCAGGACAGGAGCCUGGCGCAGCCUGCACAGCUUGCACUGGGAAACUGCAACGUGAACCAGCAAGAAGCAAGGUUUUUUCGUGGUUUCCCUUGAAGCGAGAGGUGUAACAGCUCGGAAAGCAGAGAUAGAGGACAUGUUUAAUUCCAGAGGGUAAUUUGGGGUAGCAGAAGGAGGAAAUGGAGCAUUAGCUUGUCAAGAAAGCCUCCGGGGUUUGCUCAGCCCCCGGGCAGGGGCCCCGAGGGACGAGGCCAGCAUGCCCAGGAGGGCACGGCCGCGCCCGGGCGAGAGCUACGAGGAGCGGAGCGAGCGGCGGCAGGAGGCGCGGCCGCGGGGCAGGGAUGGCACCUGCAGCCACCCUGCCCGCCGGCCCGCCCCGCGGCCUGCCACCAGCCCCCGGCAGGCAGAGUUCCUCAGGAGGAGGAACCUGGCGCCAGAGGCCGGGGAGACCCUGCAGGGACACGAGCCCGAGGCACCGACCCCUCUGGAACCUUCCCCGCGGGUGGAGCGCGGAGCCAGCAGCCUGCUCCAGCACCCCAGGAGCUGCCCCUCGCUGUCCCCUGCUCAGUCCCAGCUGAGCCCCAGCAGCCCCCGGGCACGAGGGGACUCUGUCACCACCCAAGGAACUCAGACCCUCCCCAGCCCCAGCUCAGCAGUGACAGACUCGAGCCAGCAGACAGACUGGGGAAUAGCAGUUUUAAAUAAGGAAAUGGUGCAGCUCUCCAACUACCUGAAGGAGGCCCUGCACCGCGAGCUGCUGCUCAAGCAGAAGAUGGUGAUUUUACAGGAGCUGCUCUCCACUCUGCUCCAGGCUUCAGAGAAAUCCUGGCAGAUGAAGGGAGAGAAUGAAUCAGGACACAGCCCAACAAAACAUUGGGGGCACAUCGUGCAGUUCAUGACUUCACACCUCACUUCAACUGCUUCUCCCCAGGGCCAGCUGAACGAGGACAAACUGAGGUGCAAACUACGGGUGCUGGAAAAUCAGCUGCAGGCCUGCACCCAGAGUUACUCUAAGGAGUGUGUGCAGAAGAUCCUGAUAGAGAUGGAGGACCAGAAGCAGACCUAUGAGCAGAAGGCAAAAGAGGCUCUUCAGAAGAUGCUGGAGGACAAACUCCUAACAGAGCAGCAGCUGCAGAACUCCCAGAGAAGCCUGGCAGAGAUGCGAGAGAGCCUGGCCCUCUGGAAGGAGCACAACGCCACACUCAAAGCCGAGCUGACCAAGGAGACCACAGCACACACCGAGCUCAGGAACAGCUUCCAGGCUUUGCAGAGCGAGCUCCAGCGAGCGGACGCGCAGAGCCAGCGGCUGGGCCGGGAGCUGCGGGCGCUGCGGGACGAGCGCGCGGAGCUGCUGCAGAGAGCCAGCGCCCUGCGCAGCGACAACGACCGCCAGGCCGGCCACAUCCGCCACAUGCAAGAUAAAUUGCAAAAAGAACAAGAGCAGAAAGUAACACUGGAGGCAACAAUCAGCCACUUGCAGAACUUGAUCCAGAACCAGCACAACCAACAGAAGAGCCAGCAGGUGGAGGUGCAAAGGACAGACCAGGUUUUCACCACACAGACCCCACCUCUCACUCCUGCCAAGGAAAAACAAAAAGCUCUGUCAGAGCACCCCGAGGAGGAGGAGGAGGAGGAGGGAACAGAAAGCCUGCAGGAUGAGAUGCAGAAAAGGACAGCCCAGCUCACAGCAAAGGAGAACGAGGCACCCCAGGACUCUCGGGCAGAGCCAGGCCGUGCCCGGCUGAAGCGCUGCACCCACUGCAGCAGCCCAGUUGCUCGGGGGGCACGCGGAGCCCAGGGCACCCCUCCUGCUGAGAGCCCCUCGCUGUGCUUGCAGUGCUCGGAGCUGCGCGCGGAGCUGGAGGCGCUGAGCCAGGAGUACCAGUCCUGCCUGACCCGGCUGCGCCAGUGCCGCGACGAGCUCAACCGCUCCCAUGGCAGCCAGGCACAGAGACGGCGCGGUCCCUGGAUCCCUCUCCUGGUGGCAGUGGCAGCAGUGGCCAUCGCUGCCUUCCUGGCGACUUACAGGCUGUGAAGGAGCUCCUGGAUGACUGACUUCACUGCAGGAACUGACCUCUGCUUCACCGGGAGCAGCCUGGCCUCACCUCACCUUCUGCUGUUUUGUACAUGCACAUUGGGUUUGUAUCCCGAGCUCUCUCACUCCAGCCAGCUCCUGUGACCAUGGGGACAUCACCCCUUCCCUCAGCUGCUGGGGUUACUCUGUUCCGAGCUGGUUAUUCUAUUCCAAGCUGUCUCACUCCAGCCAGCUCCCAUGAACACGGGGACAGGACAUCACCCCUUCCCUCGGCUGCUGGGGUUACUCUGUUCCUGCCCCGAGGCACCGAGGGACAAAGCCCCUGUGCCUGCUGCUGCUGUGGCUCGCACAGAGCAAGAGGGACAGGGCAUCCUGUGCCCCUGGCAUCCAGCCUGUCUGGGGUUUAUGCCCCCAAGUUCUCCUCCUGUAUUUUUGCCUCCCUAAACGGGAGGUUCUCGAUCCUGGGCUCUCUACUCUUACCUGACAAAGGAACCAGCUCAGGGGGGCUCCUCAGCACAGUCCCCUCGUGUGUCCUGAGCGAUUCUCCCACCCCACACCCUCUGCUCUAUCCCACUCCAGCCUCUCCCGUGGCCCAGCAUCCCCACAGCCAUACCCGCUUGCCCUUCACUGCCAGCACAAGAAUUCACCAGAGACAGGGGUUUAAAGUCCCUUUUGCAGCUGCACCGUGCAGGUUUUCCAGCAGCACUGGCCCAUCAUUCAUGUGCAGGCUCAGACACAAUGCAGGCCAUGACACCACCUCCCAGGGAAGGAAAUACACCUGAAAU